GUUCAUAUUUAUUUCAUUUGAAAAUGGAAAGCCCAAUUGCUGGUGUUUGUGAGUGUAAGCACUUGCAUUCUGUUUGUUCUACCGGUUGGCAAUGCUUCAAGUGGGGAAAUAAGUUUGCUUUAUCUACAGUUUACCUGCCCCAAGUUUUCGACAGAGUUUACAGUACACAGGACCAGUGUGUUGUGUGUUAAUCUGCAAAAAGUACUGCCACAUCACCAACAUUGCUGUACCUUGUUCGUCCUUAUUAUCUCCUUUUUCAAAAGAUGUUGUGGCUGCUGAGCCGUCGCGUUCUUCACCAACACUUGAAGCUCCUUCUGAGGUGGUAUUCUUGACAAUUGGGUUAACCUUCCAAAGAAAGAACUCAGAAGCAUGGGAAAUUCCUGAAUUAUAGUUUCAAAGUAUCUACCCUGAGCCAUGGAAAAGUUGGGUCCAGUGUUGAGUCCGGCAGCCAACCGUUCAGCAGUGAACAGCCCCGGGCUGCAUGGCCACCCCACAGCUCCCAGCGUGCAGCUCGGAGUUUUUCCCAGUGCGCAGUCCCACCUCAAAGACCUGCUUGGGAUAUCGUUCAUGGUGACCCUGAACGCUGUGGCUCUUGUGGCCAACGUGGCCGUGAUGGUAGCCAUCGUCAAAGCGCCUCAUUUGCGGAAGUUUGCCUUUGUCUGUCACCUGUGCGUUGUAGACAUCCUGUGCGCUGUGCUGCUGAUGCCCCUGGGCAUCGUUUCCGGCUCCCCCUUCUUCAGCUCCGUGGUCUUCACCGUACUGGAGUGUCAGGUCUACAUCUUUCUCAAUGUGUUUCUGAUCUGUGCCUCCAUCCUCACCAUCACCGCCAUCAGCAUCGAGAGGUAUUACUACAUAAUACACCCCAUGAGGUAUGAGGUGAAAAUGACACUCAACCUUGCCAUCGCUGUGAUGAUUUUCAUAUGGAUCAAGUCUAUUUUAUUGGCCCUGAUCACUUUGUUUGGCUGGCCAGCAUAUGGAAACCAGAGCUCCAUCAGUGCCGCCCACUGCUCCCUCCACUGGAGCCACAGCAAUCUUAGGAAGGUCUUUGCCAUCAUCUUCAGUGUGUUGUGUUUCCUGGUACCAUCCAUUGUGAUCGUUGCUGUGUACUGCAAUGUGUAUAAGGUGGCGAGGUUGGCUGCCCUUCAGCAUGUGCCCAUGCCUUCCUGGGCCACAAACCCGAAGCAGCGCUCAGACUCCAUCAACAGCCAGACCACUAUCAUAGCUGCUCGGACCCUAGCGCCGAGACUGACCCCAGAGCGGAUAUUUGGGGGCAGUAAGGCAGCUCUCACCCUUGUGCUCAUUGUGGGACAGUUUGUUGUCUGCUGGCUGCCUUAUUUCUCUUUCCACCUGCACCUGUCACUCAACACAUCGCUGAAGAGUCCAGAGGACCUGGAAGAGGCAGUCACCUGGCUGGCAUACUCUUCCUUUGCUAUGAACCCCUUCUUCUACGGCCUCCUCAACCGGCAGAUCCGCGAGGAGCUCGGUAAGCUGCGCAGGUGCUAUGCCACACGCCCUGCAGACCUGGGGGGCUCCAGUCACGAGGGCUCAGCCCAGGAAAACUUCCUGCAGUUCCUCCAACGGACCACCACAGAUGCGCGCUCCAUCUGCGUGAACUCCAGCCCCAGGAAUAUUGUGCACCAGGAAGUCCGAAUCCCUGGACAGAUCCCAGAAGACUUUGAUUAGAAAUGCAGCUCUUUUGGAUUGCAUUGCUCACAUUUUGGCUUGUCAUCCACUUAUGGACAUACUGUAUUUGAAAUUUGUAAUUGCAAUACAUUAUUCAUUAAUACUGGAUCAAGGCUUAAGUGUUACAUUCCACAGUUGAACUACCCCGCAUGAUCCAUAUAACUGCCUGUGCGUGUCCAGCUCUGACUGCCUCUGUGUUUGGUAGCUGUGAAAAUGAAUCGAUUAUUUCAUGAUAUCGGAAAAUCAAUGGGACUGUUCAUCUCAUUCAGAGUUCACCUGAGUCAUGCAAUCUGAUCUGAAGACUGACGGACCUGACUUGGGAAAUUUGAAAAGUUAUUUUGAAUCAAGUUAAUUAUUCUCCUUUUUCUGAAUAUAAAAAUUGACAUCUGGUACUGUUAUGGAUUAAUCAAAUGACCCAGAUAUGCAAAUAAAUAUUUCAUCCUGAAAACCACCCCUCAGAUAUUUUCCAAAGGUAUAGAUAUAUAAUAUUAUUUUGUAUAUUUGGGGUGUCAAAUAAAAACUCAGUCUUAAAAACUUAUAUCUAAGCAUGCUUUAAGUUUAACAGUACUAGUAAUAAUUUUAAAACAAUUUAUUACACAGACAUCAUUAUUGUUAUUAAAAAUUAUAUUUUACUACUUUAUAAUAAAGGUCUGAAGAGUUUUGAGGGAAAUUAUGUAUUUUCUGAAAGCAUUUGCCUUGUGAAACUUUUAUGUUUCAAAACCUAACUUGCAUAUUACUUUUACUAUGUAUAAUUUAUUAUAUUCAUCUUAAAUACCACUUCUCCGGGUCAGGGUUGCAAUGUAAUUUAUUACACAUUAAUUUUAAACAGUUUCUAUGUAUUUCCCCCUCAUUUUAUCUUAAAUGUUUAAGAUAAAGCUUAAAUGUUUUUACCACAAUAUAGAUACAAUAUAAAAUAGAAAAAGAAAUGUCAUACACAACAUUAAAAGCAUUUACACAAUGGUACAUUUAUUUAUUGUGUUUGGCUUAUUUUAUUAUAAAAAAUGGAUGAAUGAGUGACAAAUCAGUAAAUAAAGAAGUAAUAUGUCACA